CGGAGCAUCAAAUUGCGAGACCAUGAACAAAAGUGUGACUUGUGAGAUCUUUUGAAGAUGAGAGGUGUCGAUAGCACUAGGGACACGAUCAACGCCGCCGCGACGGCGAUUGCAUCGGUGGAGAACAGAGCUUAUCAAUCUUCUUCAGUUCAGUUUUGAAGUAAUUUUGUUGGAAUUGAUAUUAGGGUUCUUAUUCCAAUAUAUAUUUCAUCACGUAAUUAGAUCAAUGAGAGAAAGAAACGAAGAUGGGGAAGUUUUUGGAAUAUUACAUCGUGUUUUGGAUCUCAGAAACGAAACAAGAAGAUCGGCCAUGCUGUUCUUGUUUCCGAACCUCGUUCUUCAACAAUGGAAGCUCCGACGAUAGAAAACCUGCCUCAACCAACAUCAAUAGUCCUUCCAUUCAUGGCGCCUCCAUCUUCUCCGGCUUCUUUCCUUCAAUCAGAACCACCGUCUGCCACCCAAUCACCUGGCGGUUUACUUUCCUUCACCGCCGCAUCCUCUGGUAUGUAUUCACCUAGCGAUCCGACUAACAUGUUUGCAGUGGGACCUUACGCCCAUGAAAGACAAUUGGUAUCACCACCGGUGUUCUCGACAUACACCACCGAGCCAUCAACUGCUCCGUUCACUCCUCCUCCGGAAUCUGUUCAUCUUACCACACCUUCAUCCCCGGAGGUGCCAUUUGCUCGGUUUCUAGGUUCCGGUAACCAAAACGGCGAAGUCGAUCGGAAAUUUACAUCAUCCCACCACGAAUCGCAAUUGUUUCAGCUAUACCCAGGAAGUCCGAUAGGCCAACUCAUAUCACCUGGUUCCGGUGUCUCCAAUUCCGGCACCUCCUCUCCGUUCCCGGAUAGAGGUCCUGUCGUCCUCCGGAACCCAACCGGAGCAAAGCUAUGGCCUCGAGGAUGGGAAUCACAACAAGAAUCUGGAACUACUACCCCCAAUUCGACCAAUCUAGACCGGCAAAACUCCGAUGUGGGUCCACUCACCAGUUUCUCGAACGACGAUCAGAAUAUGAUUCAUCAUAGAGUCUCCUUCGAGAUCACGCCGGAAGAAGUCGAACGGAGACUUAUUGCUGAUGUGGCAAACGGCCGGGAUAGUUUCUCCGAUGACGUGAGUAGGGGUCAUAGAUCAACCGUCACCUUUGGAUCUGUAAAAGAUUUCAAUUUUGACAGCGCCGAUGGUGGCGAAGGAGAGUCGAAUAGGUGUGCCGAAGCCGGUGAGAAGAUUCUUGGAAAAGAAACCGGUCCUGGGCCCAUUAAGAACUGGGCUUUCUUUCCAAUGAUACAGCCAAGUGUCAGCUAGUUAUUCGAUAAAUUAAAAGAAAAAAAUAUGAAUAAUCAAAAGCCCCAUAGGUAUAGGUAAAAAGUUUAUAUUAUUUAUUCUUCAAAUCAUAACCUUUCUUAGUUGCAUAUAAUAUGUGAAAGAUAUUUUUUGUUUUUUAGAUUUUAAUAAAGCUUCAUAGUUAACAUCAUUGCUACAA